GGCUUCCAAUUGCUCAGAAAUUCUCAGCUAUAUGGGGGACUUUGAUGGUGAGCAAAAAGAAUUGAUCAAGAAAUUGGUAAACUUUCGCAUGAUCGAUGGUAAAAGAACGAGAGUUCGUGCUAUUGUUUAUAAAACUUUUCACCGCCUAGCUCGAACUGAACGCGAUGUAAUAAAACUUAUGGUUGACGCCGUAGAUAAUAUAAAGCCAAUAUGCGAAGUGGUCAAAGUAGGAGUCGCAGGUACUAUUUAUGAUGUUCCUGGGAUUGUAGCCAGGGAUCGUCAACAAACCUUAGCUAUUCGUUGGAUCCUUGGAGCAGCUUUCAAACGACGUAUAAGCUACAGGAUAAGCUUAGAGAAAUGUUCAUUUGCUGAGAUACUGGAUGCUUACCGAAAGAGGGGAAUUUCACGUAAGAGAAGGGAGAAUCUUCAUGGACUGGCUUCCACCAAUCGGAGUUUCGCGCAUUUCAGAUGGUCGUAAAGUGAUACCACAUAAGGAGCUCUUCCUCAUUCAGUCAUACUCAACAAAAGUAAGAAAUGUUUGACCCGGAUCCUUUUUUCAUCUUCAUAUAGAAAGAAAAUCGGCCUUCCUCAUACUCCCCCCUUCAUUCAUAGAGUUGGAGGAAUCCACAAGAGGCCUGCCCGUUCAUAAUUGCAUAAAAGAACCAUUCUUUUUAUGAAAACUCUUGUUCCAACCUCACCUCAGGUCGAAUGAAUACGAAAGGGGGAUCAAUCAAAUCAAUAAGCCAUGAAUGAAGAAGUAGUGGGCCUUUCGCCUUAUUUCGUUUGACUCGUGGAGCUGAGAAAUCUACUUCAAA